AUGAACAAAACCGCCCCCCUGCUGCUUGUCGUCCUUUUAGCCCUGCAGGCUUCCCUUAAAGCCUCAGCAGAGAUUCCGAAUGCAGCACACUUCGAGAUAGACAUCGACGGGAGCAGCAUCGGUUUCCUGAAUUUUCAGCUGCGGCCCGACGUAGUCCCCAAAACUGUCAAAAACUUUGUCGAUUUACUUCCUCGGUACGCUGGGACAUAUUUCCACAGAAUAAUUCCAGAUUUUAUGGUUCAAGGUGGCGACGUUACGAAAAAUAGUCUGCCAGAUGCAGACAUUUCUGACGUGCCGUCAUUCAAAGAUGAAAAUUUCAUACUGAAACACGUGGGCCCGGGCGUUCUCUCCAUGGCAAACGCUGGCCCGGACACCAACAGCUCACAGUUCUUCGUUACUACUGUGAAGACUUCAUGGCUGGAUGGCCGUCACGUGGUGUUCGGCAAUAUCACGGAGGACUCUUUGGAGGUACUAAAGCGCAUCGAAGCUACAGGCAGUUCCUCUGGACGCCCCUCUGCCAAGGUAACAGUGAAGUCGGCUGGCCUCGGGCACAAGCCCAAUGCCACCCGAGCUCGCUAA